AUGGCAGGAGUAAAAUUUAUUAGAGUUUGCGAAGAUGACAAUGAAAGUCCUAUUGAGGUCCCAAUUGAAGAUGAUGGCACAGUACUUCUCGCCACAUUGCAGUCCGUGUUUCCAAAAUCAACUGGGCUCAAAUACUUAGCCCCUGAGUCAGGUUGCCUGAGGGGUGUAAGGCUUAAUGAUGGAAAACUCUUUGCUCCAUCAGAUGGAUGGGUGCACGUUUAUCAGUGUGCAUUCCCUAGAGAUAAUAAGCGAAAAGGUAUAGAAGAAAAAGACACCUACAGUUCGAAGUUUAAAAAACUGGAGGAGAAGAAGUGCACAGACCUAAUUGUUUUAAACUUGGCCUGGAAAACUGAUGAAUCCACACUGAAGGAAUAUUUUUCACGUUACGGUGACCUCGUAACAGUUCAGGUUAAGAGACAUCCCGAUUCCAAUUUGAGCAAAGGGUACGGUUUCAUUCGGUAUAGCGAUAUGGAAUCGCAAAUUAUGUGUCUGUCUGAACGACAUAGUAUAGAUGGACGCUUGUGUGACGUCAGGAUACCCAUCUCCAAGUUGGAAGGAGAUCGUCAAGAAGUGAGCCGAAAGGUACAUGUGGGUGGAAUUACUGAGUCGAUUACAGCCACUGUGCUAAGAGAUUACUUUUCACAAUUUGGUGAAGUACUCGAUGUAUUCAUUCCCAAGCCGUUUCGUUCAUUUGCCUUCGUAUCAUUCGAAGAUCCUGAAGUUGCAGCGGAACUACUGGGGAAAGAUCAAGUUAUAGAAGGUGUUUGUGUAUCAAUUGGCUCUGCAGUUCCCAAAUUACACCCUCAGCAAAAUCGGAAUGGUCCUAUGUAUCCUAAUUCGCAUUUUGGAAACUCGCACAACCCUUGGGCCUGGCAAUACAACCCAUCAAUGAAUGUCCAUGGUUCACGUGAUUUCAACCCUGGUAUGUAUAAUUCCAUGCACGGUUAUAAUAUGGCCGGCAAUACAACUCAUAUGCAAACAGAAUCAAUAUGUAGGGCUGCUUUGAACGUCUGUGUUUGUCUGUACAAAAAGAGUGAAUCAUCAGAAAGGCUACAUCAAAUUUUCUACUGA